GAACCGUCCAAUCAGGCCUGCAGCUGGAGCGGACAGGACGGCUUCGGGGAUGUGGCGGGGCCUUUGUCUCUCGCUGCAGCUGGAGCUGCAGGUCUCGCCUUCACUGCCCUGUGUCCUCUGCUCGCAGAGGCCCAGCCUCUGUGGCCCUGUGACCUGCAGGUAUUGAGAGAUCCACAGCUAAGACGCCAGGUCCCCCGGAAGCCUAGAAAUGGAGACGUUGACAUUUAGGGAUGUGGCCAUAGAAUUCUCUCUGGAGGAGUGGGAAUGCCUGAACCCUGCUCAGCAGAAUUUAUAUAUGAAUGUGAUGUUAGAGAACUACAAAAACCUGGUCUUCUUGGGUAUUGCUGUCUCUAAGCAAGACCAGAUCACCAGUCUAGAGCAAGAAAAAGAGCCCUGGAAUAUGAAGAUAUGUGAGAUGGUGGAUGAAUCCCCAGCUAUGUGUUCUUAUUUUACCAGAGACCUUUGGCCAGAGCAAGACAUAAAAGAUUCUUUUCAACAAGUGAUACUGAGAAGACAUGGCAAAUGUGAACAUGAGAAUUUACAGUUAAGAAAAGGCUCCGCAAGUGUGGUUGAGUGUAAGGUGCACAAAAAAGGUUAUAAUGAACUAAACCAGUGUUUGACAACUACCCAGAGCAAAAUAUUUCCAUGUGAUAAAUAUAUAAAAGUCUUUCAUAAAAUUUUCAAUUCAAAUAGACAUAAGACAAGACAUACUGGAGAGAAACCUUUCAAAUGUAAAAAAUGUGAUGAAUCAUUUUGCAUGCUUUUACACCUACAUCAACAUAAAAGAAUUCAUAUUAGAGAGAAUUCUUACCAAUGUGAAGAAUGUGACAAAGUGUUUAAGCGGUUCUCAACCCUUACUAGACACAAGAGAGUUCAUACUGGAGAGAAACCCUUCAAAUGUGAAGAAUGUGGCAAAGCUUUUAAGCACUCCUCAACCCUUACUACACAUAAGAUGAUUCAUACUGGAGAGAAACCAUAUAGAUGUGAAGAAUGUGGCAAAGCCUUCUACCAUUCUUCACACCUUACUACACAUAAGGUAAUUCAUACUGGAGAGAAGCCCUUCAAAUGUGAAGAAUGUGGUAAAGCUUUUAACCACCCUUCAGCCCUUACUACACAUAAGUUCAUUCAUGUUAAAGAAAAACCCUACAAAUGUGAAGAAUGUGACAAAGCUUUUAACCGAUUCUCAUACCUUACUAAACAUAAGAUAAUUCAUUCUGGAGAGAAAUCUUACAAAUGUGAAGAAUGUGGCAAAGGCUUUAACUGGUCCUCAACCCUUACAAAACAUAAAAGAAUUCAUACUGGAGAGAAACCCUACAAAUGUGAAGAAUGUGGCAAAGCCUUUAAUGUGUCUUCACACCUUACUACACAUAAGAUGAUUCAUACUGGAGAGAAACCCUACAAAUGUGAAGAAUGUGGCAAAGCCUUUAACCACUCCUCAAAACUUACUAUACAUAAGAUAAUUCAUACUGGAGAGAAACCUUACAAAUGUGAAGAAUGUGGCAAAGCUUUUAACCAAUCCUCAAACCUUACCAAACAUAAGAUAAUUCAUACCGGAGAGAAACUCUACAAAUGUGAAGAAUGUGGCAAAGCUUUUAACCGAUCCUCAAACCUUACUACACAUAAGAGAAUUCACACUGGAGAGAAACCCUACAAAUGUGAAGAAUGUGGCAAAGCUUUCAACCGAUCCUCAAACCUUACUAAACAUAACAUAAUUCAUACUGGAGAGAAAUCUUACAAAUGUGAAGAAUGUGGUAAAGCCUUUAACCAAUCCUCAACUCUUACUAAACAUAGGAAAAUUCAGCAGGGCAUGGUGGCUCAUGCCUGUAAUCCCAACACUGCAUUAAAAAUUCAUACUGUACAGAAACCCUACGAGGGUGAAAAACAUGGCAAAGCCUUUAACAAGCCCUCAAUUCUUAACAGACGUAACGUAAUUUAUACUGGAAAGAAACUCUGCAAACCAGAAAGAUCUGGCAAUGCUUUUGACAACACCUCAAACUUUUCUAACCAUAAAAGAAAUUAUACUGCCCAGAAUCUGUUCGCAUCUUCUGUCACUCAGGGCCUGAGAAGGUGGGGUUUUAAACGUUAUCCAAUCAGCGACGCUGGGCUGGGAACCGUCCAAUCAGGCACGCAGCUGGAGCGGACAGGACGGCUUCCGGGAUGUGGCGGGGCCUUUGUCUCUCGCUGCAGCCUGAGCUCCAGGUCUCCCCUUCACUGCACUGUGUCUUCUGCUCCUAGAGGCCCAACAUCUGUGGCCCUGUGACCUGCAGGUAUUGGGAGACCCACAGCUAAGACACCGGGACCCCCUGAAAGCCUAGAAAUGGACGACCUGAAAUAUGGAGUGUAUCCUCUCAAGGAAGCAAGUCGAUGCCCUGGGGCUGAGAGGAAUCUUCUAGUGUACUCUUAUUUUGAAAAGGAGACAUUGACAUUUAGGGAUGUGGCCAUAGAAUUCUCUCUGGAGGAGUGGGAAUGCCUGAACCCUGCUCAGCAGAAUUUAUAUAUGAAUGUGAUGUUAGAGAACUACAAAAACCUGGUCUUCUUGGAUGGAAUCUCACCCUGUCACCCAUGCCGGAGUGCAAUGGUGCGAUCUCGGCUCACUGCAACCUCCACCCUGGGUUCAAGCGAUUCUCCUGCCUCAGCCUCCCAAGUAGCUGGGAUUACAGGUGUUGCUGUCUCUAAGCAAGACCCAGUCACCUGUCUGGAGCAAGAAAAAGAGCCCUGGAAUAUGAAGAGACAUGAGAUGGUGGAUGAACCCCCAGCUAUGUGUUCUUAUUUUACCGAAGACCUUUGGCCAGAGCAAGACAUAAAAGAUUCUUUUCAACAAGUAAUACUGAGAAGAUAUGGCAAAUGUGAACAUGAGAAUUUACAGUUAAGAAAAGGCUCCACAAGUGUAGAUGAGUAUAAGGUGCACAAAGAAGGUUAUAAUGAACUAAACCAGUGUUUGACAACUACCCAGAGAAAAAUAUUUCCAUGUGAUAAAUAUGUGAAAGUCUUUCAUAAAUUUUUAAAUGCAAAUAGACAUAAGACAAGACAUACUGGAAAGAAACCUUUCAAAUGUAAAAAAUGUGGCAAAUCAUUUUGCAUGCUUUUACACCUAAGUCAGCAUAAAAGAAUUCAUAUUAGAGAGAAUUCUUACCAAUGUGAAGAAUGUGGCAAAGCUUUUAAAUGGUUCUCAACCCUUACUAGACACAAGAGAAUUCAUACUGGAGAGAAACCCUUCAAAUGUGAAGAAUGUGGCAAAGCUUUUAAGCAGUCCUCAACCCUUACUACACAUAAGAUAAUUCAUACUGGGGAGAAACCAUAUAGAUGUGAAGAAUGUGGCAAAGCCUUCAACCGGUCCUCACACCUUACUACACAUAAGAUAAUUCAUACUGGAGAGAAACCCUACAAAUGUGAAGAAUGUGGCAAAGCUUUUAACCAGUCUUCAACCCUUACUACACAUAAGUUCACUCAUGCUGGAGAGAAACCCUACAAAUGUGAGGAAUGUGACAAAGCUUUUAAUCGAUUCUCAUACCUUACUAAACAUAAGAUAAUUCAUACUGGAGAAAAAUCUUACAAAUGUGAAGAAUGUGGCAAAGGCUUUAAUUGGUCCUCAACCCUUACUAAACAUAAAAGAAUUCAUACUGGAGAGAAACCCUACAAAUGUGAAGUGUGUGGCAAAGCUUUUAAUGAGUCCUCAAACCUUACUACACAUAAGAUGAUUCAUACUGGAGAGAAACCCUACAAAUGUGAAGAAUGUGGCAAAGCUUUUAACCGGUCCCCACAACUUACUGCACAUAAGAUAAUUCAUACUGGAGAGAAACCUUACAAAUGUGAAGAAUGUGGCAAAGCUUUUAGCCAAUCAUCAAUCCUUACUACACAUAAGAGAAUUCACACUGGAGAGAAACCCUACAAAUGUGAAGAAUGUGGCAAAGCUUUUAACCGAUCCUCAAAUCUUACUAAACAUAAGAUAAUUCAUACAGGAGAGAAAUCUUACAAAUGUGAAGAAUGUGGUAAAGCCUUUAACCAAUCCUCAACUCUUACUAAACAUAGGAAAAUUCAUACUAGACAGAAACCCUACAACUGUGAAGAAUGUGACAAUACAUUUAACCAGUCCUCAAACCUUAUUAACAAAAUAAUUCAUACUGGAGAGAAACUCUACAAAUGUCAAGAAUGUGGGAAAGCCUUUAAGCAGUCCUCAACUCUUACUAAGCAUUAAAUAUUGGCCGGGUGCAGUGGCUUACGCAAAAUGCCUCCCAGCAUUUUGGGAGGCUGAGGCGGGUGGAUCACCAGGUCAAGAGAUCGAGACCAUCCUGGCCAACAUGGUGAAACCCUGUCUCUACUAAAAAUACGAAAAUUAUC